CAUGGCGGACAGUGUCAAACCCGGCAUGCCUGCGCAGGAGGUAGACAGUAAUAUUCUGUUUGAGAAAUUUACUGUUGAUGAAAUCAGGUCCAUUGAAAAUAAAACCAGGCAGGAUAUUGAAAGAAAAAAAGAAGACCUCAGGCAAAUGGUGGGUGAACGAUACAGAGACUUGAUAGAAGCUGCAGACACCAUCAGUGAUAUGAAAACCAGUGCUGAAAAUGUUAUGCAGUCUAUUUCUCGGAUGCAAGGCCAUUGUAAGCAAUUGAAGGAGAUGAAGAUUGCACGAUCAGGGAGUGAUUUCAACAAGAAGUCUCAAUCAAAUGUGAUAAGAAAGAAGGAUGAGUGCCAGUUCUAUGAUGUAGCAACCCAAAUAAAGCUUCUGUUAGACACCCCGGAGAAAGUGUGGAGUGCGAUAGAUACUGGUAACUACCUACAGGCUACCCAGCUCUAUUUGCUUGCUCGGCACAUCAACACAGCUCUCCAGUUGGACUCUCAACAAUCUGCUAAGAUCCACUCAUGGUUCCCUGUGCUGGCCAGACAAUGGGCAGCCAUUAGUCAUUUUAGAGCGACUAUAUUACAAGGCUGCAAGGAGGUACUGAAGAAUGCUGAUAUAUCUGAACAGGAUAUCGCAAACAGCUUGUGCUCUAUCAUGCUACUUGAAGACAGUACUCCACGGCAAGUCUUCACUGGAUUUCUGUUAGCCAGGACACAUGCAGUCCAACAACUGUUCCAUCCAGAUCAGCACAGCAGCAGUAUAAAGACCCAAGUGUGUGAUGUUGUCUAUUUGAUCUGUACGACUGUUCACCAGAUCCAUGCUGUGUUCUAUACUGGGAAUGAUGUUGGGGACAUUGAGCAUGGCAAGCAUAACAUGCUGAUGAAAACAGUGGCAAAAAUAACAGACAAGUCGAAUCCUGGCUCUGUUAUACUAUCUGGUGAGGGUGGCUCAGCCUGGAAGUAUCUACCGGACUCUGUCAAAGAUUUCCGGCCUGCUCUGAAAAACCCAGCGACAUCCAUCCCACACCCACAGCUCCAGGAGAAAUGUAAUCAAUGGAUAAAAACGUGUAACCAAGACGUCAACAAUGGAGUUGGCAAACUCCUUGGAUACAUCAACAGCGUGAAAGGUUUAGCGUCAAUUAGAGAUGCAUUGUGGGAACAGCUGGGGCGAGAUGAUCAAAUGGUGUCCUGGGAUAAGCAGUGUCAAGAAAUCUUAUGUAAACAGAUUGCGAUCUGGGAAGACUUCUUUAGGCCCUUGUUCUUUGAACGAAUCAAGGCUGUGCUCCAGUCCCAGCUUGACUCGGCCUUGGAGACCAUGAAACUGAACCUGAACAAGUGUCUGACCGAUCUGGCCCAGACUCGAGAGGCGAGCAUGAUGCAUGACCAAGAUCUCUCUACAUAUAUCUGGUUUGAGGGAGCUGGGGAUAUACCAAAUGGAUCUGCCUGGAUUCCUGUUCAUUCCAAGACAUUGAGUGAAGGUGGAGGUCUGAUGAUGAAAGCCAAGGCUUAUACGUCAACCAUACAGAGCAUCUGCAAGAAUUUCGACAACAAACUAAGUGGUAUUUUAGAAGAUGGUAGUUAUUAUUCAACAGUUGCUGACAAACCUGAGCCAGUCGGCAGCUUUGAUCGUUAUGCCGAUAAUGAAAUGGUUGAGAACUUCCUUUGUACAGCUUGUGAGACUUGCAUUUUUCGGCUGUUGGGCUUCAUCGAGAAAAACAUCUACAGUAGCAGCAGACAGUUGGAUAAUAGUGAAGACUUGUUGGGAAAUAUGGUCAUCAUCAACAGGGUUCUUUUGUGUGGCCGAUUAUGCUCUGCUCUUUGUGAACUGAGUCCCCAUUUGCAGAAAUGUAUCAUUGGUUCCAGUGAUAAGAACAAAGAGGGCGCCAAAGUCUUCAAACGACAACACUCCAAGCUGUCAAAAAGACAACAGGAUGAUCCGAAAUUUGUAGAGGUCAAGAGGAAAUUGAUUGAUCAAAGUAUGACAGCUUACAGUUUAUGGAGUGAACACAUAUCAAAGUGCCUUGUCCAACAGUACAGAUUGUCUCUGAUGGAUAUGAGCAGCCAAGCAGUUCUUUUUGGCAGCACUAGAUGGGAUGAAGUUCAAAUCCAAGAAGAAACAGAGGAUGGUAAGACCAUUAAGUCAACUAUUCGAGUCCCGAUGCAGGCCAGUUGGUAUGUUCACUCGCUGCUCUACAGUAUAUGUAAUGAAGUCAACAGAGUUGGGGGACAUGCUCUCAAAAGAUCAGUCAUCCUUGGCUUUAUGGAGAAAGUAUCUGAUGGUGUCCUCGCGGCGUAUGAAACAUUGACUGAAUCUACUAGAGUUGAAAAUCCUGAGGAGGACACAGUACCUCUGACCCAAAACCGUGCAUUACAGCUCAUGUUUGAUGUCAAGUUCUUAUCUACCAUAUUCAGUCGAAAAGAAGAUACACAGCAAAACAAGUUGUUCACGAAGCAAAUGCACUGUGUCCUAGAUACUCUAGAGAAUCAAGUGGAUCCAUUUGACCUGGAUGUGUUUUCACCCUAUAUCCAAAGUCACAUCAAUAAGCAAAGUCAAAGGUGCUCGGCUUUGUAUGGUGCCCUUACUAGUCUUGACAAGCAUGGUACUAUGGCAAGUUCCAGGAUGCCUCCUGCUUCCACGCAGGAACAGCACAACAUCAUGCCAUUGGUGUCCGGCGUCCCCAGGCUGACACUAUUACCUCUGAGUACGACUCCCAGGACACAUGGAAUACAGCCCAUGAUGCUGCAACCUAAAGCCAAAGUGUCGCAGCCGGGAAGUAUAGGCACUGACAUGCCAAACAUUUCAUCUGAACCUUCAGAAAUGGGACAUAAACGCUCAUCAUCAUACUUCAAUAAACUAGGAAACAUGGGCACAUUAUGGUUUUCUAACAUUGGUGGUGGAAAAGUGUAAAAAUGGAGAAGAGGGGAUGUGACGAGAGGACUAUUGUUGAUAUUCAACUACUUUAUGUUAUAUUUGACAGAUCUAUGAGUAUGAUCCUGUUGAAAUCAUGUAUCUACCCGGUAGGUGGUGUUGGAUUUUCAUGAGUUUCAACUGCUCAUCAGUUAGAUGCUAAAACUACAUCACCUUGGAGUGAUGAAUAUCUUUUUGCUGUACAUUUACUAUCAAUAAAAACGCUUGAAACUUUA